CACUUUGUCAUCUGCUCUGCCUCUGCGGUCUGUAAAGCUAUUCGCUUUCUGUAUUUUCGUUGGGGAAGAAAAGCAGAAGCGAGGAGAUUGGCUGAAUGUUUAUCGAUCGUAUCUGAUGAGAUUUUUCAUUUUCUUCCAGAAUGGAUAGCCUCACUCUCAGCGCUACAUUGUUCGCCAAUGGCUCCGCUGGGUUUCAAUUGUUUCCGCACCCUUUUGUCCCUGCCAAGAAAUCGAAAAUCCUUGCUUUUCAGAGUAGGAAAUCUAGGGAGCUUUCGUGUUCUGCAUCAAAAGGUGACGCAAACCUUGACGAUUGGGACAGGAUGGAGCUCAAGUUUGGUAGAAUGAUCGGCGAAGACCCCAAAAUCACCUUAGCCAAGAUAAUGGGUAGGAAGUUGAAUCCAGAUAUGUCUUAUUUGGAGAUUGAGAAAUUAUUGGCCAGGAAGAAGGGCAAAUCAUCGAUCCAAGACAUUGAGGAGAUUCCAUUUGAUGUUUCAGAUGGAAAGCAAUCAACAAAAUCUGAUCAAGGAAUGAAUUUGGUCAGGCCUGCGCCCAGGAAAGAGACUGAGUUUGAGGCAACUAGUAAACCAGGGGGAGGUGGGCCAAAUUUGGUCCGUCCGGUGCCAAGAAAAGGAAUCAAGUUUGAGGCAACUAGUAAACCGGGAGAUACAGAAGCUAAAAGUUCUGAUACAGUAAAUAAUAUAAACGAGGCUAAGAGCAGUGUCCCCGAUGUCAUUUUGCGAAAACCACGUUCGUUUUAUGUGAAUGAUGACGAUAGUGGAAAGGAUUCCAUUUUACGAAUGAAGCCAAAUUUAUCAUUGAACAUAGGCAAAGAAGCGCAAUACGGGAAGUUUAGCGACAUCACACUAUUGAAAAAGCCUGAACCAAUGGCAAAUAAACCAAAUGACCAGUCUGAUUCCAGUGAGUGUAGUGAUGGAAUUAUAGAUGAAAUUGGAGAUAAAAGUCUAGAAGGUGGGACUGCUUCUGUAGAAGGUUAUUCUGCUGCGCUAUUACAAAAGCCAGAGCUUCACAAUGUCAGCAAGGAAGAAGAACAAGAAUCAUCCAUGGAUCGAAUUGAGUCUAGCUAUAGCAAUGUUGAGAAAAAAUUAGACAAUUCACCUCCAGAUAAUCAACUGGAAACCUCCGUUGGCAGUGUUCUAAACCAAUCUCAGGAAACUGACCAAACAGAUUCUGGAAUGGAUAAAGGAUCUGAAACAGAAUUGCAGGCUGAUAAGUUGUCUGGUGAGAAUACAUUAGCUUCCGGUGGCAUAAGUACAUCUAAGAUAAGCCUGGAUACUAGCCUUACUGGAAAACCAAAAAGAUUAGAUCGCACCAGUAGGGUAACAGAUCAGAAUGUUAGAGGGGAGGUGAUUCUCCUAAAUACGGAAAGCUUGGGAAAUCCUUCUGAGCUUGAGAACUUCCUUACAGAAUCACCCAUUAAAGAGCGAGAGGAUGCUGACUGGGCUAGGGCAGAAGUAUUGGUCAAGACAGGGGAAAGAGCAGAAGUGGAAUUGAUUAGCUCCAGUAUUAGAGGAUUUGUUGCAUCAUUUGGAUCCUUGAUAGGAUUUUUACCUUAUCGCAAUCUUGCUGCCAGGUGGAAGUUCAUAGCUUUUGAGUCAUGGUUAAGAAGAAAAGGUUUAGAUCCAUCCAACUACAGGCAAAACCUGGGCAUAAUUGGAACAUAUGAAACUACUAGCAGACUCAAUGCCUCCGAGUCUUCUGUAGAGUCCGAAGUUGGUAAUACAGAGGACAGAAACAUUACAUCAGAUGUGAGUGUGGAGGAUCUUCUCAUGAUCUAUGACCAAAAGAAACUCAAGUUCUUAUCAUCUUUUGUUGGACAGAGAAUCAAGGUCGGUGUUGUAUUAGCUGAUAGAAGAACACGCAAGCUUAUAUUUUCAAUUAAACCAAAAGAGAAGGAAGAAUUGGUUGAGAAGAAGAGAAAUCUCAUGGCAAAAUUGGGUGUUGGAGAUGUAGUCAAGUGUUGCAUUAAAAAGAUUACAUACUUCGGUAUCUUUGUUGAGGUUGAAGAGGUUCCUGCACUCAUACAUCAGACCGAAGUCUCAUGGGAUGCCACUUUGGAUCCUGCAUCAUACUUUAAAGUUGGUCAGAUUGUAGAGGCAAAGGUUCACCAGUUGGAUUUUUCACUUGAAAGGAUAUUUCUAUCAUUGAAGGAAGUCACGCCAGAUCCAUUGACAGAGACACUAGAGGCAGUUGUUGGCGAACAAGAUCCCAUGGGCUUUAGACUCGAAGCUGCUGAAGCAGAUUCUGAGUGGGCUGAUGUGGAAUCACUCAUCAAAGAACUAGAACAGGUUGACGGAAUCCAAUCUGUGACAAAAGGGCGAUAUUUCUUGAGCCCCGGUCUGACACCUACAUUUCAGGUUUAUAUGGCAUCCAUGUUCCAGAAUCAGUACAAGUUGCUUGCUCGAGCCGGGAAUAGAGUGCAGGAGGUAAUUGUCGAAACUUCUUCCCUGAGCAAAGAAGAGCUGAAAUCUGUUAUCAUGACCUGCACCAACAGGGUGGAAUGAAAACACUGCCCCAGCCAGUUGUACCUGUAUGUUACAACCUCGACAUUCUAGCAUAUUAUUACAUUCUUUGCUUGCUUCAUUUACACUGCACCCUGUCCGAUCUUGACUAUGGUCACUUCUUGUAAAGUUAAGUAGAAUUUGUACUAUAAGCUGUAAUGCUAAAAAUGAAGGCCUUGUUUGCUCAUUUUCGACACUUUCUUUGCAUUAUGCUUCUGUAGAACAAUACAUUAGCAUCUUUUUCAUUAUUGAAUUCGAAAACAUAUGCUCCUCAAGGAGCAAAUUAUCUA